AUGACCAUCAAGGCUGUACACAUCGAACUAGUCAGCGAUCUGACUACAGAUGCCUUUUUAGCCGCUUUCAGGCGUUUUGUGAGUCGAAGAGCUGUUCCAACUCACAUUUAUUCGGAUAACGGAACAAACUUCGUCGGGGCUAAUAACCAGUUAAGGGAAUUAUACGACUUGAUUGAAUCGGACGAAUAUAAAACAAAGGUCCAUAAUUUCGCAGUAGAUCAUAGAAUAUCAUGGCAUUUUAAUCCUCCUUUAUCACCUCAUUUCGGAGGUUUGUGGGAAGCGGCCGUCAAAUCUUUCAAACACCAUUUUAAACGGGUUGUCGGCGAACUUUUCUUCACAUACGAAGAAUUAACUACAUUCGCGAUCGAAAUCGAAGCAAUUUUAAAUUCACGCCCGUUAUGUCCUAUCUCAUCAGAUCCGAAUGACGUGACAGCUCUAACACCUGCACAUUUUUUAGUUGGAAGACCUAUUACGACAUUGCCAGAGGAAGAUUAUGCUAAGACACCAGCCAAUCGAUUGUCUUCGUGGAAACACAUCACGAAGGUGCGACAAGAUUUCUGGCGACGAUGGCACAUUGAAUAUCUACGAGAAUUGCAGAAACGUCAUAAAUGGAUACAACCCCAGCAAAAGAUUGAAAAGAACACCAUCGUUAUUCUCAUCGACAAGAAUCAACCUUGCAUGAGAUGGCCGUUAGGCCGGAUCGUGAACAUACACCCAGGACAAGAUGAUAUAGUACGAGUGGUCACCGUGAAGACGGUUCACGGUGUUGUCAAGCGAAAUGCGACAACUAUUUGUCCAUUGUUAAACAAUCAUUAA